AAAAUCACCUUCACAGAAUCUGCCUGUCAUUCACCCUUAAUGUCAUCCUGCAUGUCUGCAUGAACGUCUCGAAGUCUCGGGAUAUUUCUAACAUGGACCUGAAGGUUGCUAAAAUACUGUCUGAGUGGAAAAUCCAUGAGAGUUCUUUUGGAGAGGAUCUGGACUCACUUCAGUCCUCCUCGCCGGAGUCCUCGAUGGACUCCAUGUGCUCUUCACCGGAGAUGUGCUAUUCCAGCGGGCAUCAGGAGAUUAAUGAUUUCUCUUACGGCUUCACGGGACGCAGGGCGACUCCCACAGCGCAGAGGCUGAGCAAGCCCAAGAUGUCCACCAAAAGACGCAUGAAGGCCAGCGAGAGGGAGAAGAUGCGGAUGAGGAGUCUUGCAGAGGCCUUGCACCAGCUCCGUGACUACCUGCCGCCGGACUACAGCAAGAGAGGCCAACCCCUGACCAAGAUACAAACCCUCAAAUACACAAUUGAAUACAUUAACAAGCUUUCAGACAUCCUGAGCCGCGCGUAACGGACGCAAAUCGACCACUUUUACGCAUCACGUUUGCUCUCAUCUGGAUACUGAUGGAGUUAGUUUUAUAUCUCUGAUGAGUAAUGCAACAUCUUAAAGAUAACUUAAUCAUUCGAUAUCAUUUCAUAUUUUUCCUCCUCUGUUUUUGCCCUACUCUUGAUGUAAAUAUUGUUUAGCGGGCACUUGGAAAUUAUUUUUGUAUAUGAGGCUGCCUUUGUUGGAAUGAUGAAUUCAGUGUCUGGAGUUUGUUGAUAUGUAUAUGUUUCGCUCAUGGCGACUUGAUGGGUAUGAAAUACAGCUUUACUAAAGAAUAAUUUCUCCAAUAUUCCUAUGUUUGUGUUAACAGAGAAUUUAGAGAAACCUCGUCAUAUUUGUUAUUUUAAUCUCUUGUACUUUGUUUCUGGUAUAUUUUAGAACUUAAGUAGCUGCAUGAUAUUUUAAAUUUGUGUUGUGUCUAAAAGUCCCGUUGUGUUUUUGGAAAUGGUGAGUUAAAUUGUCUAUCCUAUCCUUCAUACAUUGUUUUCAGUUAUACAAUAUAUCAGGCUUGUUUGAUAUUUACACUGUUAAACAAAUCCAGUGAAGUGUGUCAUAUCCAGCCUAUAUCCACAAACAUGGUUUCUACUUAAACAUCUACAAUAAAUGAGCGUUAUGUGUUGAA